AUGAGCGACGCUCAUGCAAACUUGCAUCUGGACGCAGUGUUGAAUGCUGGUUCGACACAAAAUUUAAGUGAAAAAUCGCAGGGGACAGUUGUCGAUGGUGAGAUUACACAUGUCAGUCAUUUGGCUGAAAAUGUUGGAGCUCUAUGUAUGGAAGACGAUUGUUGCGACGUGGAAGGCACACUGAUCCCCGCUCAUAGAGUAAUUCUUGGCGCACGUAGCGAAGCACUCCUGUAUAAUGGUAUGAAAGAGACGAAGGACACAGAGAUAGAAUUGAUUGAUACUCCCUUAACAGCUUUUAAGCUUCUUUUAAGGCGAGUUGCAUUUUAUUCGUCUUUGUGUCAUAAAUAUAAAAUUAAUAGUGCGGUAAAUUGGUAUGUUUACACGGGGAAGAUGUCGCUUCGUUUGUUAAAGGAAGAUUUACUUCUGGAUGUGUUGGGUCUAGCGCACAAAUAUGACUUUGGCGAUUUAGAACGAAGCAUUUCGGACUAUUUGAAAGCCAUCCUUGAUGUUUCAAACAUUUGCAUCGUAUAUGGCACAGCACAUGUGUAUUUUCUGAAUGCCUUGAGUGAUUUUUGUUUAAAUUUUGCUGAUAGGCGUGCGAGUGAAGUCAUCGCGACGCAGGGCUUUCUUCAAUUGCCUGCUAGUGCCGUUGUCGAAAUGAUUCAACGGGAUUCUUUUUGUGCUCCAGAAAUUGAAAUUUUCAAGGCAAUUCGUGAAUGGAUUGUGGUUCACCCUGGAAUGGAGAGUGAAGCUGAAUUGAUAGUAUCUAAGUUGCGUCUUCCUUUAAUAAACCUCUCCGAUUUAAUCAAUGUUGUGCGUCCAUCUGGGCUUAUAUCCGCAGAUAGCAUUUUAGAUGCCAUUAAAGAGCAGCAGGAAAGAAAAAGUGUAGAACUUAUGUCUCGAGGCUUUUUACUGCCAAAUGUUAACGUUGCAACUCCAGCCUAUAAUGCAGUUGUUAUUAGUGGUGAUGGAGCAAAUCUUUUGGCUGAUGACGCGUAUCGAUAUGAUAUGGAAAGGAGUUUCAUGUCACAUACUAUAGGUGGAAAGGCUAGAGGGAUUGUUGUUGAGCUUGGAAGACCCUUCACUAUUAAUCAUCUUCGACUUUUGUUGUGCGACCGUGACCAAAGAGCCUAUCAUUAUUAUGUUGAAUUAAAAGUUUUUGAAUUCAAGGUUAGCAUGAAUGGGAAGGAUUGGGUUCGUGUUGUUGAUCAUACGAAGUAUCUUUGUCGCUCGAUGCAGCGGCUUUGCUUUUCUCCACGUGUGAUAAAAUUUAUCAAGGUCAUGGGGACUUACAAUACAGUUGGCAACACAUUCAACUUGGUAAGCAUGGAGGCCAUGUAUUCCACCGAAUCUAAUGACCAGUUUGAAAUAGAUCCUGUUUCAACUCUGCUUAUACCUUCAUCGAAUGUCGCUACCAUUGCGAACAAUGCGAUAGUAAUCGAAGGAGUUUCCAGAAGUCGAGAUGCAUUACUUAAUGGUGAAACAACAAACUACGAUUGGGACAACGGCUACACUUGUCAUCAGCUUGGUUCUGGUGCUAUAAUGGUCCAAUUGCCGCAGCCAUAUCUCAUUGGUUCGAUGCGUCUGCUAUUGUGGGACUGCGAUGAUCGCCAUUAUUCGUACUAUAUUGAUGUUUCUUGCGACAAAAACUCUUGGUUGCGUGUUGCAGAUCGUACUGCGGUACAAUGCAAGGCUUGGCAAUACAUACGGUUUGAAAGAUGUCCUGUGGUAUUUAUACGCAUCGUCGGCACGUAUAAUUCAGCCAAUGAAGUUUUCCAUUGCGUUCAUUUUGAAUGCUCUGGGAAAUCGCUUACUUCAUCAACAAGUUCUUUUGGCAAUGAGCGCAACGUCGAGUUAGUUGAUAAUCUGGAAAGCCGUCUACAUCAACUAGCCCUUUUAGGGAGUGAAGUCAAACUUCCAUCGUCACCAGACGUUCUGAAGUAA